CCGCCCUUCCGCCAUUACCCAGCUCCACCAACAACGUGGCGCAGCAACGGGAGCAGAGCAGAUAGAGAAAGAGGGGCAAAGAGGGGGAUCGACAAGGACGACUAUCGCGGAUGGCCGGCACGAUGUGAUUUCUCCGUGGCGGGGGAAGGAAAUCUCAGGGAGCCAGCAAGCAACGGCUCGCCACGGAGCUCGCUCGACCGCCCGGUCUCCGCCCGGUCAAGGUUCCGUCCCGUCGAAUCGCAUCCGCGCGCGAGCUGAUCGAGCGGGAUACAAGGCCCAUACGCGUUGCCACCCGGAAGGGCAUGGCGCUGGCCGCCGCCGCGUCGUCGGUCGGCGUCGCCUCCGUCGCUCUGCUCUUGCUCCUCAUCGCCAAUGCCUCGGCUUCCGACGCUAGUUUGGAGGGCAGGCGCGCCUUGCCAGGUCGCGAGACGAUUCACCUUGAGCCAAUCGUCUUUGCAGAAAGAAAAGCAAUAGUGGGCUCGUCGCCGUGGAGGAGAUCGGCGGAGGAGACCCCGCCGCCGCCGGCGAACAACUCGCUGGUGCUGGCGGCGGGGAGGACCCACCGGAGCGACCCGAGCGCGAAGCUGACCAUGUACGGCGGCGGGUGGAACAUCAGCGAGACGCAUUACUGGGCUUCCGUGGGCUACACCGGCUUCCCGCUCUUCCUGCUCGCCGUCGUCUGGUUCGUCGGCUUCGGGGCCGUCAUGCUCGUCAUCUCCUGCUGCUGGUGCUGCUGCUGCUUCUGCCGGGACCGGACCGACCGCUACUCGCCCACCUCCUUCAAGACCUCCCUCAUCCUCCUCGUCAUCCUCACCAUCGCCACCAUCGUGGGGUGCCUGGUGCUGAACGCCGGGCAGCAGGCAUUCCACGCGAGCACGAUCAACACGGUGGACUACGUGGUGGGGCAGGGCAACCUGACGGUGGACAACCUGAGGAACUUCGCGGGGAGCCUGGCCGCCGCCAAGAACAUCGGCGUGGAACAGAUCUUCCUCCCCGUCGACGUGCAGCGCAAGAUCGACGCCGUCGAGGAGAAGCUCAACUCCUCCGCCAACGAGUUCUCCACCCGCAUCGUCCACAACUCCGACAAGAUCAAGAACGUCGUCGACAAGAUGCAGUACUACCUGAUGGCUGUCGGAGUUAUCAUGUUUGGCCUUGCGGUGCUCGGACUCAUGUUCUCCGUGCUGGGGCUGCAGUUUCUCGUCUCCCUGCUGGUGAUCGCCGGAUGGGUGCUGGUCACCGUCACGCUGAUGAUGGCCGGCGUCUUCGUCCUCCUGCACAACGUGGUGGGUGACACGUGCGUGGCCAUGGACGAGUGGGUGACGCACCCGCAGGACCACACGGCGCUGGACGACAUCCUCCCGUGCGUGGACGUGGCGACGGCGAACGAGUCGAUGCACCGGAGCGAGGAGGUGACGGCGCAGCUGGUGGCGCUGGUGAACAACGUCAUCGUCAACAUCUCCAACCGGGACUUCCCGCCGGGGCUGGAGCCGCUCUACUUCAACCAGUCGGGCCCCCGCAUGCCGGUGCUCUGCAACCCCUUCAAGCCGGACAUGAGCCAGCGCCAGUGCGCCCCCGGCGAGGUCGACUUCAGCACGGCGUCGGGGGAGUGGAAGAAGUUCCAGUGCCAGGCGACGGGCCCCGCCGGGAAGGAGCUGUGCACGACGGCGGGGCGGGUCACGCCGGCGGCCUACAACCAGAUGACGGCGGCGGCGAGCAUCAGCAGGGGGCUGUACGAGUACGGGCCGUUCCUCAUGCAGCUCCAGGACUGCACCUUCGUCCGGGAGACCUUCUCCUCCAUCAGCGUCAACAACUGCCCCGGCCUCAGGCACUACAGCAGGAUCGUCUACGACGGCCUCGUCGUCAUGUCCGGCUCCGUCAUGCUCUCCAUCGUCUGCUGGAUGGUGCACACCAGGCAGCGCCGCCGGCGCGCCCGCAGCGGCUAGCAGGUGUGAUUCUGAAUCUCAACAUCCCACCACGGCUCCCCAUCGAGCGGAGGUGGAAGCCGGUUCCUCGUCGGAUCGGAUCGGAUCGAUGUUGUCCUAACCGUACGGCUGGCCGCGGCUAUGUGCACGACGUCUCAUCGAUCUGAUUGCAGCUGUGUACAUAUAUGGAUUGUGCAUGAUGGAAAAGCGAAGUAUGGUUGCUUUCACGAAUUUGCGUAUUUUUUCAUUCUCACAACCCACGAGGAAAAAUAGACUGUAAUUACUCGAAAAUUCUAAACAUACGGAG